AUGUCUCACCAGGAAUACCUCCACGAGCUGGAUGCCCAUGGCAUGCUGUUGUCUCAACUAUCUUACUACCUUCCAUUUGCCGAAAGGUACGAGCUAUCCUUCUUACAAGACUGCUAUGGUACCUUAGUGGAAAAGUGGCCGAUCCUGCAGGGCUGUGUUGACUUAAGGGCAAGACCACCUAGCCCCUUGAGGAGGAGACCAAGAAGCGUGCAGCUAGAUCAGGAUAGGAGCCCGACACGCCUCAAAGGGUCGGAUGUCGACGAUGAUUGCCGUGGGCUCACAAUCGGAGACAUAGUGGGAGGAUCAAUAACCGCAGGGUGGAGACUCAUCAAGGAAACAUUCCGCUACUUCUUCGAGGAGCGGAUUUACGGUAGAGUGCAUGUGCCCGAGCAACUCGUUCGGAAAUGGCAAGACGACUGUUCAGCUCAAGGCAUUCGGGUGACUACACAUGACACACUUACAGCUUGGAUAGCACGAAUAGUAUUAUCAACAUCCCCCGGGCCGAAGUGGCGGCCAUUCAACAUUGGCAUUCCGAUCAGGGUUUCCGCAUUGCUCGACGAUACAGCUCAUGAGAAUGUACUCGAGAAUAGCUUCAUACUCUCUUCCCUGACUUUGAACCCAGAAGAUGGAAACCUCUCGAUUGCAAGCAUCGCCAAGCAAAUCCGCACGAUGAUCGAUGCUUCCAGGCAGAUCGACAAUCUGCAGUUCGCAAUUGACAAUCAGGCCAGAUACCGCUUCUCUCUAACAUACCCCUUGGCCAAGGAAUUAGGCUCUCCAGAUCCGUGGCUGUUAUUGUCUUCCUGGAAUGCGAUCGCACCCGAUGAGGUCGCGGCAGCAGCCUUCACAGCGCCUGGCAAGACCCGGUUCAUCUCAUGUGACGAGCUGAAGGUUUUUCCGAUGUGCGAUCUCACAGUCCCAAAUCUGAAGAACACCCUAUGCUCUUUCAAGUGUCCGUGCGGUGGGUACUGGCUCCACGGGCCCCUUCUGACGCAAGCCUGGGAUGCCGCCCAUGCAGCCGUGGCUGCCGAGAUUUCUGGGAUUUCGAAUGCGGAUGCUGGUUCUUAUCUUGUAGAUACCCAGUGCUAG